AAAUAAGGUGCACGUCGUGCACUAACCGGACUGUUGCUGAUUGAGCGUGAUAAGAACCGAGCAACAAACUAGAACGAGAACGGAGGACGCAGAAGGAAAAUUUAACAAGAUCCAACACUAGGCAGAUCCAUCGAUCAGAGAGUCAGCGGCUGAUCAAAAUUCCAAUCACUUCAUUUAAAACUGUCUCACAAAGGUCGACUACCCCAAGGCACGAGUAGGAUACCCACUGACCCACGCAACGUGCUAGCACUCUCCAGGUGAUCGUGAUUGAAAAUAAAAAGGGUAGUAGAAGAGGCUACCACAUGGCGCAACUGCUCGAAAAACAAGAGGCUCCUAGAACGACGACAUUAAACACAAAAGACCGAGACAAAAGGAAAACUACCUAAACCAACGCUGGCGCAAAGCACUUUAAACGAACGAAGCUGGUCCUAAGGUCAUCAAUAUGUUGUUUUUUUUUUACAUGAAACGUAUAAAAAUAAUUUAAAUGUGCACCCAUAAAUGCCAUAACUGUAACAGUUAAAAUUUAAUAAUAUGUCAUACACAAUUAUUUAAUUAAAUGAUCGCAAUGUCGCGGAAGUAAUACGAAAAUAGUUCCCGCGCCAUUGUCGGUUCAAACAGGAAAUAAAAAGGAACCACUAGUGUUUUAAUCGCGAUUAUUAUAAUAGUUCCACUAUGGCUGACCAUUCGUUUGAACCACCUUGGAGCGCUGACAAUCCAUUGCAGUUUGGAAAUAUUCCGGAAAAUCCAGUAAUUAGUGAAAUUAUAUGUCAAUUGGAUGAUUUUUUACGGCAAAGAGAAAAACUCAGUUGUCCUAACGAUGAAAUAGAUACCAAAAUAUUAUCAGUUAUUCGAUGUGCUAUGGAUGGUCUUAAGAAUUUAAUAGAACAAAAUUUAACACCAUUAACAGACAUCCAAAAACGAGUUUUAAUCAAUAAAUGUAGAUUUAUCAUUAAAGAUGCAAUCAAAGUUAUUGAAAAAACCUUGAAAAUACAAUCAACUUAA